GGUUUGCGGAGGCGGCGGCGGCUACGGCUAAGGCUGAAAAGGAGCCGGGCCGGAGCGGGGCCCGCGGCGGAGGCCGUGGCUAGAACUGGGAAAGUGGAGGGGAGGGCAGCGAGAAGAAGAUGGCGACGCCAGGAGCCAACGGACCGGGCUCCUCCGCCACGGCCUCAGCUUCCAAUCCGCGCAAGUUUAGCGAGAAGAUCGCGUUGCAGAAGCAGCGUCAGGCCGAGGAGACGGCGGCCUUCGAGGAGGUGAUGAUGGACAUCGGCUCCACCCGGUUACAGGCCCAGAAGCUGCGACUGGCUUACACCAGGAGCUCCCAUUAUGGUGGUUCUCUGCCCAAUGUUAACCAGAUUGGCUCUGGCCUGGCUGAGUUCCAGAGCCCCCUCCAUUCACCGUUGGAUUCAUCUCGAAGUACUCGGCACCAUGGGCUGGUAGAACGGGUGCAGCGAGAUCCCCGGAGGAUGGUGUCUCCACUCCGCCGAUACCCUCGCCACAUUGACAGUUCUCCCUACAGUCCUGCCUACUUGUCUCCUCCCCCAGAGUCCAGCUGGAGAAGGACAGUGCCUUGGGGCAACUUCCCAGCAGAGAAGGGUCAGUUGUUUCGACUGCCAUCUUCGCUUAACAGGACAAGCUCUGACUCCGCCCUUCACACAAGUGUGAUGAACCCCAACCCCCAGAACACUUACCCAGGCCCCACACCUCCCAGUGUCCGAGGAGGUUUUGUGGAUGGCGAAAUGGACUCCAAAGUCCCUGCUAUUGAGGAGAACUUGCUAGAUGACAAGCAUCUGCUGAAACCUUGGGAUGCUAAGAAGCUGUCCUCAUCUUCCUCCCGACCUCGAUCCUGUGAAGUCCCUGGAAUCAACAUCUUUCCAUCUCCUGACCAGCCUGCCAAUGUGCCUGUCCUCCCGCCUGCCAUGAACACGGGGGGCUCGCUACCUGACCUCACCAACCUGCACUUUCCUCCCCCACUGCCCACCCCCCUGGACCCCGAGGAGACAGCCUAUCCCAACCUGAGUGGGGGCAACAGUACCUCCAAUCUGACUCACACCAUGACCCAUCUGGGUAUCAGUGGAGGAUUGGGCCUGGGCCCCAGCUAUGACGCACCAGGACUUCACUCACCUCUCAGCCACCCGUCCCUGCAGUCUUCCCUAAGUAACCCCAACCUCCAGGCUUCGCUGAGCAGUCCUCAGCCCCAGCUCCAGGGUUCCCACAGUCACCCCUCAUUGCCUGCCUCCUCCUUGGCCCACCAUGCACUGCCUGCCACCUCCCUGGGCCACCCAUCACUUAGUGCUCCAGCCCUCUCCUCCUCCUCCUCCUCCUCUACUUCAUCUCCUGUCCUGGGCGCACCCCCCUACCCAGCUUCUACUCCUGGGACCUCCCCCCGCCACCGCCGUGUGCCCCUAAGUCCCCUGAGUUUGCCCGCGGGCCCAGCCGACGCCAGAAGGCCCCAACAGCAGCUGCCCAAACAGUUUUCGCCAACAAUGUCACCCACCUUGUCUUCCAUCACUCAGGGCAUCCCCUUGGAUACCAGUAAGCUGCCUACUGACCAGCGGCUACCCCCAUACCCAUAUAGCCCUCCGAGUCUGGUUUUGCCCACCCAACCAGCCACCCCAAAGCCUCUACAGCAGCCAGGGUUGCCCUCUCACGUCUGCUUAGUGCCGUCCUCAGCCGGGCAGCCCCCAGGCAGGCAGCUACAUUACGGGCCACUGUGUCCACCGGGGUCCAGUGGGCACAGGCAACAGUCUUACCAUCGGCCAGUGAACGACUUCAGCCUGGGGAAUCUGGAGCAGUUCAACAUGGAGAGCCCGUCGACCAGCCUGGUGCUGGAUGCCCCUGGCUUUUCUGAAGGGCCUGAAUUUUUAGGGGGCGAAGGGCCAGCGGGUGGCUCCCGGGAUGCUCAUGCCCUCAACCACCAGAAUUUGACCCACUGUUCCCGCCAUGGCUCAGGGCCUAACAUCAUCCUCACAGGGGACGCCUCUCCAGGUUUCUCGAAGGAGAUCGCAGUAGCCCUGGCUGGAGUGCCUGGCUUUGAGGUGUCAGCAGCUGGCUUGGAGCUGGGCCUGGGGCUGGACGAUGAGCUGCACAUGGAGCCGCUGGGUCUGGAAGGACUAACCAUGCUGAGUGAUCCCUGUGCCCUGCUGCCCGACCCUGCCGUGGAGGAUUCAUUCCGUAGUGACCGACUACAGUGAGAGGACCUCACCACCAUCUUUCUUUUUGGCCCUGUCCCCCCAUCACUGUCCCUUUCCUCCCUUCCCCUGGCCAGUAGACUCCACUCUCUGUCCCCAGAUCCUCUCACUAGAAUGAAGGGUCUUAAGAACCAGCAAAGGCAAGGGGCUUGUCCAGGUGACCCCUCAUGCUGCACAGUGGGUGGGCCCGGGGGAGCUCAAGGGAGGGCCUAAAGCACUUGUAACUUUGAAACCCGUCUGCCUGGAGGUCAGAGCCUGUUGGAAAGCGGGGGGUAGAGGGAAACCCUGGAGGCUGGGCUUGUCCGGAUGCGAGGGGUGGGCAGUGCCAGCCCCUCUACCACUCUUCCCCCUGUGGUGGAGGAGAGAGCCAGAGUGGACAUUAUUUUUUAUUAAAUAUAUUAUAUGUUAAUAAAAAAAUUCUAUCAAA